AUGAGGUGCCGCCGGGCGGUGCGCGGGGGAAUUCGAACGGGCGGGGCGGGGCGAGAUGAGCGGCGCGAGGCGGCACGAGACGUAAGGGAGGGGGCCGGGAGGGGGAGCGGGGACACCGGGACCGGGGCGAGGGACAUCGGCACCAGGGGAGACAGCGGUACCGGGAGUACGGGGACUGGGGACGCGGGAAAGGGACAUUGCACCGGGGAGAGUGGCACUGGCACCGGGGGUGGAUUUAUACCGGUGCUGGAGAAGACGGGGACGUUGCACCGAGAAGGGGGGCUACCAAGCACGGGGAGGGGCACCGGGAUCGGGGGGACGGGGAAUCAGGACCGGAGAAAGGGAUAUCGCACCGAGGGAACAAACCGGGACGUUGCACCGGGGUCCUCCGCGGAGCUGCUCCCGCUGCACGUCGCCGCGUCCCGGGGGUGCUUCAGAUGCCUCCAGCUCCUGCUGAGGAAGCAGCGGCAUCCGGAGCGCUCAGCCCAGGGCUGUGUGACCCCACGAUGGGGACCUAGCCGGGCUGUGUCACCCCAUGGUGGCCCCAGCGAUGGUGGCAGCAGCAUCUGCUCCCUGCAGGAUGGAAAACCAGCUGUGGACCUGGCACUGGAGCAGGGCACCCAGAGGUGGCACUCACAUCGUGCCCAGGAUGAGCCUUUCAUGCAGGACCCAGGGGGGGCCAGGUGCUCCCUGUCCUUCCUGACCGAGGAUGGCAGCACUGGCAGCAUCUUCCCCAUGGAUGGGCUCCUGAGCAGCACCCGCAGGUCCCUGCUGGAGGAGAUGGAGGAAUCCCGUCUCAGCUCCUUCAUUCUUGCCUCUGGGGAUGUGACCCCCCAGGGCCAGGGGUCCCCCGGGCACUGCCACAUCACCCCCCGCACCAAGAGCCGCCUGCGGGCCUGCGCCCAGCGCUUCAGCUCCUCCUCUUCUUCCUCCCUCUUUGAUGAGACGUUGGAGAUGCCCCGGAGGCCCCCCAGGCUCAGAGCACCCCAGGGUGUCCCCAGGGGCCCUGCCACCACCUCGGGGCACUGUGGUACCCUGCAAGGGGAGGGUGGAGAGGGGACAGCCUCUUUGGAUGACACAGAGAUCCUCCCCAGAGCCCCCAGCCAGCCCAGCUCACCCCCGGGGGACAGCAGCUCAACCAGCCCCACGGUCCUGCUGGCUCCUGGGGACCCCCAGAGCUCCCCAUCAGACACUCGGGGCUCCUCCAGUCCCACAGUGCUGCUGGUGCCUGGGGACCAGGACUCCCAGUCAGAAGCUCCACGUUCCCCCCAUGAUGUUGGCGAUGCCAACCUCAGGGUGCUGGAGGGCGGCUCUGGGUGGCAGGACCCCUCACCCUUAGGGCCACAGCCGUCCCCGUGUCCCCGGCGUCUGUCGGACGCAGCCCUGCGGCGGCGGCUGCAGGCGCUGGGGCACAACCCAGGUCCCAUCACGGAGCUCACUCGGGGGCUCUACCUGCGACGCUUUCAGGAGCUGGCGAGGGCACCCCGGGGGCAUCGCGCAGCACGGGCACCGCAGGCAGGGCACAGCCCCGAGCUGGUGGCUGCGCUGAGCACUGGGCAGGUCCCCGACUGCACCCCGGACGAGCUGGUGCUGGCCCAGCAGUUUGACCAUCCCGGCCGCGGCUGGCACCAGCGGGAAGGGCUGGGCAAGACCAGCUUCAACUACCUCCUCCUGGACCCCAGGACCACCCAGAACCUGCCGCUCCGCUCCCACUGCCUGAGCCCAGCAGAGUGCUUCAGGACCUUCGUCCAAGCCAUCUUCUACGUGGGCAAGGGCACUCGUGCCAGGCCCUACCACCACCUCACCGAGGCACUGAGCCAGCACCGCGCCGGCACACAGAGGGGCUGCCCCAAGGUGCGGCGCAUCCUGGAGAUCUGGGCGAGUGGGCAGGGCGUGGUCUCCCUGCACUGCUUCCAGAGCAGCAUCCCCGCAGAGGCUUACACACGGGAGAACUGCCUCGUGGAGGCUCUGGGGCUGCAGACCAUCACCAACCAGCGGCAGGGGAACAGCUAUGGGGCUGCUGCUCGCUGGCCGGCAGAGCGGCGCCGGCGGCUGGGGGUCCACCUCCUGCACAGGGCCAUGAGGAUCUUCCUGGCCGAGGGCGAGCGGCAGCUGCGACCCGCGGACAUCCAGGGGGGGCGCUGA